GUAAUGAGACCGUGGCCCAGGGGCUUUGCUGCCGCGGUAUCUGUGACCUUGAGCCCUGCACUGCCGGUGCAGAGGAGGUUGCAGCUGAACAAGAGUUCGCCGUGCAGAACGUGUCACUGGGUCACCUGCGGCGCCAGUCCAAGUUCCUGUACGGCUUCAUCAAUCUUGCGCGAAAGUCCUACGGUGGCUUCUGCAGAGACCUGGACGAGUAG